AUGUAUAUCCACCUGCCAGGACUAGCAAAUCAGGAGGACAAAAAACGUGGCCUGAUACCAUUUUUUGCGUGCGCAACCAUUGGAACGACCGGUUGCUGUUCUUUCGACAGUCUUGCCUCUAUUGGACCGGUAUGUCAACAACACGAUGUGUGGCUCCAUGUCGAUGGCGCGUAUGCAGGAAACGGCUGUAUUUGUCCAGAGUUCCGACAUUAUCUUGAUGGAAUAGAAGCUGCGACGCGCUGCAUAGUGCGACGGCGUUGUCUAACCUUGAUCAACCCUGACUCGCGCUGUCUGGGUUUGAUACAAGCUGUGAAGCGCUGCAUAUUCAGCGUGCGUUGUCUGUCUGGUCAGCAUCUAGUGAAGCUGAGGGUCUCAAUAGAUUUCAGGUAUUCAGUGGUUACUUUCAGGAAUCUGACCUUCUUGAUAAGAUCAUUACAAGCGUGCACUCUCCGAGUUUCCGUCAACCUUAAGUUCUACUGGAAACCAAAUUGCAUGGAAUUAGCGAAGUACACUCAUUUGCAAACAAAUUUGUUAAUCCUUCCGACCAGUUUCAGAAAACAACCUGUGACAGAACCCAUUGAGGAUCAGGGUGAGGUGACCAUUUGA